CGUCUCUUCCGUCUCCGCUGUCAGCCUCAGACCACUCCCUCUCUGUGUGAGAACGGAAGAGCUGCGGUCUAGUCUUUACUUGUCCUCAGUUGCAAUCAGACGUUGUUUUUUUUUUCUCGAAUCUCAGGACUAUGCGCUCUGCUGAGAAUGGCGGAGCCCAACGCGCUUGACGAACUCCAGUCGGAGCUGACCUGCCCGGUGUGUUUGGAGCUGUUCCGGGAACCGGUGAUCCUCGACUGCGGACACCACUUCUGCAAGGUGUGCAUCAUCCAGUGCUGGGAGGCCAAAGCGGACGAGCUGUCGAGCUGUCCCAAGUGCAGAAAGUCUUGUUCACGCAAGCUGCGGCCCAACUCGCUCCUGUGCAACGUCGUGGACAGUGUGCGCAGAGCCAGCGCCAUGGACGCGGUCGCGGGGAUACCUGGGUGGGACCCGGAGCGCUCCCUGGAGGAGCCGGAGGAACGGGAGCCCGGGUCCAGCAUGAGCAGCGUGGCCUCCUCCAUAGGGCACUGGCCGCGACUGGGCAUGGAUAUGUGCGAGGAGCAUGAGGAGAAGCUGAAGCUCUACUGUGAGGACGACCAGCUCCCCAUCUGCCUGGUGUGCGGCAUGUCCCGGGACCACAAGACCCACAAUGUCAUUCCCAUUACUGAGGCCUUUGAAAACUACAAGGAUAAACUGUCUGUGGCUCUGGAGAGGGUCCAGCUACAGACAGAGGAGGCCAUGCUCUUCCAACAACAGACCAAGGAAAAGAUCCUCGUCAUUAAGGAGCGAGAGUCAGAUCUGGAGGACCUGGUCUCUGCGGAGUUUGGUCGCCUCAGGGAGUUCCUCCUGGAGGAGGAAGAGCGCAUAAAGGAGAAACUGCAAAAACAGAAACAGGAGAAGCUAAACCAGCUGGAGGAGGCGCUCACUCAAGCGACAGAGCAAAUCAGCGAGCUGGAGAGUACGGCCGAUCAGCUUUGCAUCAAGCUGAGGGAGGAGGAGAACCCAGAGCAGCUCAAGGGAAUCAAAGAUUUCAUUGGAGGGUGAGUAUCGUCUCACUCAUAAUAAGAUCAUUUAAUCUCUGUGUAAUCUCUUCUU